GAGCACUGUGAUGGGCAGUGGAAAGAAGGGGGAAAGGUGCCCAUGGCGUCGGAGAGGCGCAAGGUCAAGUACCACUGGAGCAGCCCUUCGGAGCGGAGUUCCCGCAAGCGCAGCUGCCUCCGGGAGCCCAGUGAUGUGGCCCCCUCCAGCCGGCCAGCUCACAGCUCUGUGUCGCGUUCAGGAGGGGCCAGCAGCCCCAAGCGCAUGAAAACCCAGAAGGAGCAUGGUGUGUCCUGGGGCUCAUCCCGCCGCAGAAGUUCCUCCUCCUCCUCCCAUUCCUCUGGCCCAGGUGUGGGUGGGGCCGCCUCCAAAGGAGGCCUGAUUCAGAGCUCAGGAGAGUUCCUUUCGUCAGGGGGAUCCCCUCUGUGCCCUGCCAGACCUUCUCUAGAAGAAAUGGCUUCUCUCCAGGAGGAAGCCUGCAGCCUUAAGGUUGAUUCCAAAGAUAGUUCUCGUAACCCCAUGGAUUCUGAAUUCGCAGCUGAAGCUGAGGUUCAAAAUGACAUAAUUGAGGAACCAAACAAGGUCCAGAAAAGGCAGAGGGAUAGACUUCGAGACCAAGGCUCUACCGUGAUCUACCUAAAGGCCAUCCAGGGCAUCCUGGGAAAGUCGAUGCCAAAAAGGAAGGGAGAGGCUGCCAUGAAGGCAAAACCCAACACGGCAGAGCGCGCCAGCCGCGGAGAGGGGCCAGCCAGGAGUGUCACCACGUGUGCUCCUCAGAAAGAGAAAAAGCCUGCCCCAGAGGUCAGAGCGGAGGAGGAGGAGGCUGUGCCGGAGAAGAGCAGCUUCUGGGACAGGAGAGUGACAGACCCUCAGGAGAAGCCGAGCGAGGGGCCCCUGGGUGGCCGAAGGACGGUCAUUGACAAGCGCUGUCCAGUCCUGGAGUUUUUGGAUGACUCUGACUCGCACGUAAACGGCCAGAAACCUAAAGACCGGGAGGUGGUGCUGGAGCGCACCUCUUCAGGAAGUGACUGGUCCGACGUGGACGAGAUUGCCACAGUCAGAUUCUCUCAGGAGGAGCCCGUAUCCCUGAAACCCUCAGCGGUUCCAGAGCCUUCUCCCUUCCCCACGGAUUACGUCAUGUACCCGGCUCACUUGUACAGCAGUCCCUGGUGUGACUACGCCAGCUACUGGACCAGCGGUCCCAAGACCCCCGGCUACCACUCCGUGGGCAGUGGCGGCAGCGACACGGUGCAGGUGGAGAGGGGCGGCCGGGGCUCUUCCCCCCACUCAACGGUGAGCCCCCAGCACAACUCCAGAGAGCCCCAGGCCGCUGAGGAAGGCAGAUCCCGGAAGUCGCGUUCAUCUCGUUUCUCCAGAAGCUCGGAAGAGGAAGAGGUGAAGGAGAAAAGAACUUUCCGGGAGGACAUGCCGCCACGUCCGUGUGGAGGGCCCGCAUCUGGCUCCCUGCCCAGGAGCCGUCGGGAGCCCAGGUUGGAGGGUUUCAUCGAUACCCAUUGUCACUUGGACAUGCUCUAUUCCAAGCUGUCGUUCAAAGGGAGCUUCACAAAGUUCAGGAAAAUUUACAGCAGCUCCUUCCCUAAGGAGUUUCAGGGCUGCAUCUCCGACUUCUGCGAUCCUCGCACACUGACAGAUGGCCUCUGGGAGGACCUGUUGAAAGAGGAUCUGGUGUGGGGGGCCUUUGGCUGUCACCCCCAUUUUGCACGUUACUACAAUGAGAGUCAAGAAAGAAAUCUUCUGCAGGCGUUAAGGCACCCCAAGGCCGUGGCAUUUGGGGAGAUGGGCUUGGAUUACUCUCACAAGUGCACCACGCCUGUCCCGGAGCAGCACAAGGUGUUUGAGAGGCAGCUGCAGCUGGCCGUGUCUCUCAGGAAACCCUUGGUGAUCCACUGCCGAGAAGCUGAUGACGAUCUGCUGAAAAUCAUGAAAAAAUUUGUGCCUCCAGACUACAAGAUUCACAGGCAUUGCUUCACCGGCAGCUACCCAGUCAUUGAGCCCCUGUUGCGGUACUUUCCCAACAUGUCCGUGGGCUUCACGGCAGUGCUGACCUACUCCUCUGCCUGGGAGGCCCGGGGGUCUCUGAAACAGAUCCCGCUGGAGAGGAUCAUCGUGGAGACUGAUGCUCCCUAUUUCCUGCCUCGACAGGUUCCCAAGAGCCUUUGCCAGUACGCCCACCCAGGCCUGGCCUUGCACACGGUUCGAGAGAUUGCCAGGGUCAAAGACCUGCCGCUUGCCCGCACCUUGGCCACCCUGCGUGAGAACACCUGCCGCCUCUACAGUCUUUAA